CUUCUCGGUUUAUGCAACACUCGGGCUGUGUUGUCUUCAUGCUGCAUUAGACAACAAUCCUAUUCAUUAUUCUCUGCUAAGUCUUUGUCUUUUAGAGGAUUCUUCCGGGCAUUGUGAUCCAGUGAAUGGAUAACCCAGACUCUUACUCUGCUGGUUGGGCCUCUCUGCAGUUGGACUUUGUCACAGCUGUAGAUCUUGUCAAGGAAUACGUCUUCAAGUCGUAAGUCCUUGCAACUAAGCCUACACUCUAAGGACCGGCUGCCUCUAAGCCGUGAUAUUCCUCCAUUCAGUUACUUCCAUAGCUACAGGAGUUAGAUGAUCAUGGCAGCUCAGGCUCUUAUUCUAGCAUUAAUUGGUGUCUCACUUUGCACCUUAGCAUAUGGUGCAGCUCCAUUCACAAAGAGACAGGACGGAGUUACAGACACAGACCCAUUUGGAGACCCUGGACCUCCAGGACCCCCUGGACCAAAUUUAGCUCCCGUCCCUGGUCCCCCUGGACCUCCUGGUUCACGUGGUUCUGAUGGAUUUGAUGGGCUUGAUGGAUCUGCUGGAUCAGAUGGUGCUACUGGACCACCUGGUGACCCUGGUGUUCCAGGACCAAUUGGACCCCCUGGAGAUCCUGGUGCACCUGCUUUCAUUCCACCACCUGAGCAAGGCAUAAAAGGACCAAUCAUCAUUCCAAUUGUUGGUGACCGUGGUGACCGUGGACAGUCUGGUGUACCUGGUCGUAAAGGAGUACCUGGACCUCCUGGUCACAUUGGACCCAAGGGAACAAGAGGACACAGGGGAAUGGAUGGUGAGAAAGGACCAGCUGGUGAUCAAGGUGAAGUAGGAAAGGAGGGUGUAAUUGGUGCCAGUGGACCCAAUGGAUAUCCUGGUGACCCUGGACCGACUGGACAAAUUGGUCUACCUGGCAUCCCUGGAUUCCCUGGAUUACAAGGGGCUAAGGGAAAUAGAGGAGCUGAUGGUGCUGCUGGUGAGCCUGGUGACCAAGGGCCAAAUGGACCACCAGGAGAAGUUGGCAACAUUGGACCAGAGGGACCAAGAGGUCCUGAUGGAGAUGUAGGAGCUAAGGGAGGGGAUGGUGAAACAGGAGCCGAUGGACCAGCAGGACCACCAGGACCUGAUGGAUUCCCUGGACAACAAGGAGCACCUGGAGCCCCUGGACCACAAGGACCUCAAGGACCCAAUGGACCAACUGGACCUCCUGGUGCACCUGGUAAAAGAGGACCAGCUGGGAACCAAGGACCACCCGGUUCUGAUGGAUCCCCGGGUUCACCUGGUUCCCCUGGAACACCAGGACAGAAUGGUGCAACAGGACCACCUGGACCUGCCGGUGCUAAAGGAUCAAUGGGAUCACCCGGUCGUACUGGACUAGCUGGAAUAAGAGGACAGACUGGAGAACCUGGUGACACUGGACCACGUGGACAGCCUGGUCGCAAGGGAAAUAAUGGAGCUGAUGGUGACAAAGGAAACACUGGCCCUCAAGGAAAAGCUGGAGAAAGAGGAGAGAAAGGUUUCAGAGGAGCUAAUGGUGCCCCUGGAGACCAAGGUGAAGAUGGAAAACAAGGAAAUGCUGGCCCAGCUGGUCCACGUGGUGCUAAGGGACCACCUGGCCAUGGAGGAGUACCUGGAGAAAAUGGUAAAGAUGGUGAUAAAGGAGAGCCAGGAGAGAAGGGAGAGAAAGGAGCACAGGGUAUUCCUGGCCUUCCUGGAUAUGAUGGUGUACCUGGUGGUGCUGGUGUUCCAGGCAGACCAGGUGCCAGGGGAGCUAAAGGAGCACGAGGUGACCGUGGCCAACCAGGUGUAAACGGACCUGAUGGAACUGAUGGUAUACAAGGACCACCUGGACCUAGUGGUAUACCUGGUCCUCAUGGACCUGCAGGACCUGUUGGAGACACUGGAGCACCUGGACAAAAAGGAUCAAGAGGAGCUGAUGGUCAACCAGGUGCUGCUGGUCCUCCAGGACAACCAGGAGAGACUGGAUCAGCUGGUGACCCUGGAAACAAAGGAGACAAGGGUGUUCCUGGUGUUACUGGCAAAGCUGGAGAUCAAGGAGCAACUGGUGCCUCUGGUGUACACGGACCUGCUGGUGACCAAGGCACUAAGGGAGCAAGGGGUGGAGCUGGACCAACUGGAGCUAAAGGUGCCACCGGAGCAAAGGGUAGAGCCGGUGAGACUGGGCAAAUCGGAGCUGCUGGUGAACCUGGUCAACCUGGUAAACAAGGUCCCCAGGGAGGUGUUGGUCUCCCUGGUACCACUGGAGCUCAUGGCGAGCGUGGCUUACAAGGAAAGACUGGCAGUCCUGGACCAGCUGGAGCUAGGGGAGGACCCGGUGGUCGUGGAAAGAAGGGACCUCAAGGUAGACCAGGAUUCCAAGGAGUACAGGGUGACGUUGGACAGCAGGGACCUGAUGGAGCACCUGGAAGAGCUGGUCCUUUAGGAGCUGCAGGUAAUCCUGGACCUAAUGGUUUUCAAGGAGCCACUGGCGGGCCUGGUCCCCAGGGACCAGCCGGUGGUGCUGGUGCUACUGGAGAUAAGGGAACUGUUGGACCACAGGGUGUAGCUGGAGGACCUGGACCAGCUGGAAGACCUGGUGACACUGGUGCUGCUGGAGAGAGAGGAAAGAAGGGACCCACUGGAUCCCAAGGUUCACGUGGUCCAUCAGGUGCUCCUGGUAAACCCGGCCUACCUAGCUCACAAGGAUCUCAAGGACCAGCUGGAGCAUCUGGCGCUGCUGGAGUACCUGGUCUACCAGGAAAGACAGGACCUACUGGCCCUAAGGGACCUCAAGGUCUACCUGGACCAGCUGGUUCUAAAGGUGCACGUGGUGUUCCUGGACAAGCAGGACCUAAAGGUCCAAGAGGACCUGCUGGAUCCCGUGGGGAACAAGGAAAACAAGGAGAUGCUGGCCCAACCGGUAAAGCUGGUGCUGAUGGAGAGAAAGGUCGUGCCGGAGCACCUGGUGAGCCAGGAGAGGCUGGAGUACCUGGACCUCAGGGUAGCAAGGGAGCUCAAGGAAAAUCUGGCAUUCCAGGAAGGCCUGGUGCUAAGGGUGAGGUAGGAUACCCUGGUUUGAUUGGUGCUAAAGGAUUCAUGGGUGAGAAUGGAGCUAAGGGACCUAAAGGUGACAAAGGACCCAAAGGAGAAAGGGGACCAGCUGGACCUAAAGGAGCCAAUGGCGAUCGUGGCGGUCAAGGACCUGAUGGACCCACAGGUUCACCUGGUGCUCAAGGAGAGCCCGGACAGAAAGGACCCCAGGGAUACACUGGACUACCAGGAGAAGAUGGGAAGAGAGGACCACCUGGCACUGAUGGACGGCCUGGCGAUCCUGGAAAGGAAGGACCAGCUGGCGCUCAAGGUGAUCCUGGCCCAGCUGGUGGCCCUGGAGCUCCUGGUGCCAGAGGUGAUCAAGGGCCUAAGGGUGUACCAGGAGACAAAGGAGAUCAAGGAGAUAGAGGUCUACCAGGACACAAGGGAGACCCUGGUCUACAGGGAGGAGUUGGGGCACCAGGUCAAGCCGGACCACAAGGUGCUACUGGACCACAAGGACCCCAGGGACCAGAGGGACCCAAAGGAGAACAAGGAGAUAGAGGAAACAGAGGAGGAUUUGGUCCUCAAGGAGAGAAGGGAUCACCUGGUGAACAAGGUCUACAUGGUAGCGUUGGACCUGUUGGACCUGCCGGACCACCUGGACCCGCAGGAGCACCUGGUGAGCCAUACAAGGGACCAGCAUUCUACCGCAGCAAGUUUGAUGAGAAGCAAGACAUCAGCCAGCUUAAGAAACAAUUUUUGUUUGUUGAGUUGAAGUCAAUUGAGGAGGAAAUGAACAAGAUGGGAAUCAACGAGAAGCUCCCACGAACCUGUGAAGACCUUAAUAUGCAACAUCCUGAGUACAGUAAUGGCGAGUAUACCAUUGAUCCUAAUAUGGGAUCAACCAAAGACUCUUUUAAGUCCUUCUGUGAGUUCAAGUCAUCUACCAUCAGGACGUGUGUAAACAAUGAAACAUCAACAUCUCAAUUGGGAUACCUACACUUGUUACAUACGCACGUUUCACAGACCAUCCAAUUGCCUUGUGGAGCAAAGGGACCAUUCUACCUCCAGCCUUAUGAUAGUGACACUGCCAUUGAAGUUCCAUUGAAAGACAGGAAAGACCUUAAGAUCACCCUCUCUGGCUGUAGUCCAUUCUCAAUGUUGCGUGAAGUAGAGUUUGUAUCUGAUAAUGUCAACCAGCAAAUGCUCCCUUUCACUCACUCAAUCAAUGUCAAUAAUCAAGAUUAUUAUUUCAAAGACAUCUGUUUCUAUUAAAUAAAAAACUGAGUAAAGGAUUGAAACGUUUUUUUUCUGUUUAUAAUAAUAAUAAUAAUUCAAAAUAAUGAUUAAUAAUGUAAUCAGGUUUUUCAUAGACAUACAUUAAUUUUUGAGUUUGUUAUACUUUGUCCUGUUCAAUUUAAACGCUCUUGAUAAUUAUGAUA